UUACAAAUUGCAAUUCAUUGAUUCAUCCCCGACCACAUAUUCUUGACGCAAAUAAUAUUAUCUUCCAAAUUAAAACAACAAUAUUCUGAAAAACAAAAAACAAAAAACAAAAAACAAAAUAAUUUCCCCGAUUGUCUCUCUCACUGACUAACUCUUUCUGGAGCUGCGAUUCUCUGCAUCCAUGGCUACCGUGCAACUCCAAUCCUUUUCCCUCAUUCGCUCUCCCGAACCCCCCCCCCCCUCCCGCCGUACCACUGUCAGGUUACCUCACUACACCGGCCUCAAGCUCCGACCCUUCGCCGCCACUCGUUUACGGAGUCAAUCCGCCUCUAGACUCGUUCGUCGCGGCGGUAGCGUCGUCUGUGAGGCUCGAGAUACUGCCGUUGAAGUGGUUUCUAUUAUUGAUGCAAAUUGGCAAUCCCUUGUCCUCGAAUCUGAUGUUCCUGUGUUGGUCGAAUUCUGGGCUCCAUGGUGUGGUCCUUGCCGUAUGAUUCAUCCCAUAAUUGACGAGUUGGCAAAGGAAUAUGCGGGUAAGCUCAAGUGUUACAAAGUCAAUACCGAGGAGAGUCCUACAACUGCUGCUCGGUAUGGUAUUCGAAGUAUUCCAACUGUCGUUUUCUUCAAGAAUGGUGAAAAGAAAGAAGCAAUUAUCGGUGCUGUGCCCAAGGCAACAUUGACCUCAAGUAUAGAAAAAUUCCUGUGAGAUGGCAAAAAAAGAAGGCUUCAGCUUGAAGUAAAGACAUUUUUACCAUUAGCUACCUCUCAUCUAGCCAAUUAUCUCAUGUUUGGAUGAUUUGCUUUCUUAAAUAAUCAUUUGUGAUCCUGUAUAGUUAUGGGAUGCUUCCAUAUUGUGUUUUAUAGAUAAUUAUAGUCUCCAAUAUGAUGCAUAAGUUUGCCAUUAUAUUUUUAGCAAGUUGAAGUCAAUUUUAUA